UUCCGUACAAGAUGGCGUCGCCCGUUCGAACACCCCAACUGGGAUUCCGCCCUCCAGGCCGGCCGUAGGAACGGAAGUGGUUACGGCCCUAGUGAAUCCGGGUGGGUUCGCGCAGGCGGCCGCACAGGUUCCAUCUCUUUAACGUGAGGCCGCGGCAGGUGUGCGGGCCAGUCCGAGACCGCAGAUUGUGGGAUUAGUGUUAUGCUUUUCUAAAGAGUAGAAAAGUCGAAGAUGUCUAGACAGAACUUAGUGGCUUUGACAGUGACUACCCUUCUGGGUGUGGCUGUAGGGGGGUUUGUCCUGUGGAAAGGCAUCCAGCGCCGCCGAAGGAGUAAAACAAGUCCUGUGACCCAGCAGCCGCAGCAGAAAGUGCUGGGCAGUGGAGAGCUGCCCCCUCCAGAAGAUGAUCAGCUGCACUCCAGUGCCCCCAGAUCUUCGUGGGAGGAACGGAUCCUUAAAGCAAAGGUGGUGACGGUGUCUCAGGAGGCAGAGUGGGAUCAAAUCCAGCCCUUGCUUAGAAGUGAAUUACAAGAUUUUCCAGUACUUGGGAUUGACUGUGAGUGGGUAAAUUUGGAAGGCAAAGCCAGCCCUCUGUCACUUCUACAAAUGGCUUCCCCAAGUGGCCUGUGUGUCUUGAUUCGCUUGCCCAAGCUAAUCUGUGGAGGAAAAACGCUACCAAGAACGUUACUGAAUAUUUUGGCAGAUGGCACCGUUUUGAAGGUUGGAGUGGGAUGCUCAGAAGAUGCCAGCAAGCUUCUGCAGGAUUAUGGCCUCGUUGUUAGGGGGUGCCUGGACCUCCGAUACCUUGCCAUGUGGCAGAGAAACAAUUUACUCAGUAAUGGGCUUAGCCUGAAAUCCCUCGCUGAGACUGUUUUGAACUUUCCCCUUGACAAGUCCCUUCUACUUCGUUGCAGCAACUGGGAUGCUGAGACUCUUACAGAGGAUCAGGUAAUUUAUGCUGCCAGGGAUGCCCAGAUUUCAGUGGCUCUCUUUCUUCAUCUUCUUGGAUACCCUUUCUCUAGGAAUUCACCUGGAGAAAAAAACGAUGACCACAGUGGCUGGAGAAAAGUCUUGGAAAAAUGCCAGGGUGUGGUAGACAUCCCAUUUCGAAGUAAAGGAAUGAGCAGAUUGGGAGAAGAGGUUAACGGGGAAGCAACAGAAUCUCAGCAGAAGCCAAGAAAUAAGAAGUCUAAGAUGGAUGGGAUGGUGCCAGGCAACCACCAAGGGAGAGACCCCAGAAAACAUAAAAGAAAGCCCCUGGGGGUGGGCUAUUCUGCCAGAAAAUCACCGCUUUAUGAUAACUGCUUUCUCCAUGCUCCUGAUGGACAGCCCCUCUGCACUUGUGAUCGAAGAAAAGCUCAGUGGUACCUGGACAAAGGCAUUGGUGAGCUGGUGAGUGAAGAGCCCUUUGUGGUGAAGCUACGGUUCGAACCUGCAGGAAGGCCCGAAUCUCCUGGAGACUAUUACUUGAUGGUUAAAGAGAACCUGUGUGUAGUGUGUGGCAAGAGAGACUCCUACAUUCGGAAGAACGUGAUUCCGCAUGAGUACCGUAAGCACUUCCCCAUCGAGAUGAAGGACCACAACUCCCAUGAUGUGCUGCUGCUCUGCACCUCCUGCCAUGCCAUUUCCAACUACUAUGACAACCAUCUGAAACAGCAGCUGGCCAAGGAGUUCCAGGCCCCCAUCGGCUCUGAGGAGGGCUUGCGCCUGCUGGAAGAUCCAGAGCGCCGGCAGGUGCGUUCUGGGGCCAGGGCCCUGCUCAACGCGGAGAGCCUGCCUGCUCAUCGAAAGGAGGAGCUGCUGCAAGCACUCAGAGAGUUUUACAACACAGACAUGGUCACAGAGGAGAUGCUUCAAGAGGCUGCCAGCCUGGAGACUAGAAUCUCCAAUGAAAACUAUGUUCCUCAUGGGCUGAAGGUGGUACAGUGUCACAGCCAGGGUGGGCUGCGCGCCCUCAUGCAGCUGGAGAGCCGCUGGCGUCAGCACUUCCUGGACUCUAUGCAGCCCAAGCACCUGCCCCAGCAGUGGUCAGUGGACCACAACCAUCAGAAGCUGCUUCGGAAAUUCGGGGAAGAUCUUCCCAUUAAGCUGUCGUGAUAGCUGCUCUCCUCCCAGUUAGGACAGGUGGGAAGCUGGAGCCAAGGUUGAAGAGUCGCCUCUUCCCAUUUUAAUACACCAUUAAUUGUCAGAGCCUGGGUGACACAACUCAGAAUACUAACCUAGAAUAAUCCCAGGAUGCUUCUGGUGGAGCAAGGAUAGUGUUUGAAGGAGAGCUUAUGAUUUGGGAUUUUAAAUGGGCAGGGUCUUUUUUCCUCUCUUACUUUUGUGGACAAGAGAGGCCUUUGCCUUUAUUUUUACUCUCCCUCUUCUGAUUUCCCUGUGCAGAGGAAAAAUGAAGAAAUCUUCCAGAAGUGACUUGUCAAGACUUUCAAAAAAUGUUUUUAAUGCAUUUCUUCCUUGUCUAAUGCCUCGGUUUAUCUCUAACAGGGGCUGUCCAGUAUAUUGGUCCUGUUAGGAGGGGAGAAAGUUCUUCCACAGGCUGGGGAAGUAAACAAGAAGUCAAAUUUAUUUUCCCAGUUCAGCCUCAUAAUUAUCAUUUCUUUGGCUUCAUGCUCUCCUGUAACUCAUGCAGCUGGGAUCCAUCCCAUCUGCGUCACUUCAGUCUACUUCACAUAUUUGAAAAGGCUUCCCUUUACGUAUCCAGGACCAAACAGCCACUUCCUGCCAUGCGCUUCCACCCUAUAACUGGGAGAAAUCCUUUUCUGGAAAUGAGCCUUUGACGAGUGGAGCAGAAAGAACCACAAACUCCAGUAGAACUUU